CGCACCCUGCGCUUUUUAUAAUAACCAUAAGUAAUGGAAUGGAUAAAAGCUUCUCCAAGUUUGCAGAAAGGCAUCGUGAUCGUCAAUAAACUUGAAGAUACAAAAUUCGAACAACUCCUUCGUCGAAUAGUUGGUAAAAUUAAACUUCAAGACACAGAAAUCUUCACUCAAGAAGAAAGACAAAAACUAGAGAAAAUAUUCAAAGUUGAUGAGGACAGCUUGCUACUAGCCAUCAAAACUGUGGUAUACUUGUUUAAAAGAAUGUUGAAAUUCAUACUUAUGCCUGUAGAUUUAAAGAAUGACUUGGAUAAAAUUGGAUUGGGUAAUAAUAAAGCAGAGGUCAUUGUGAAAGUAUGGUCUAAUGAAACUAGAGAAAUUUUGGAAGAAUUAGGGUCAGACCGUAUAGAUAAAUAUGGAGAAAAUUUAAAUUUGUCAUGGAAAUUAAAUGCAGAAUUAAGUUCGGACUAUAGGAAGAAAUAUAAAGUUCCUAAAGUUUAUUUAUCUGUGAAUGGAGAAAAUCGUGAAACAGAAAUAGAAAUGACACAUCCAGAACUUUAUUCUGUUUUCUUACAACUUGAAUCCAUACAGAAUGAGUUAGAUAAUAUAAUGUAA